AUGUUGACAAAAUUAACGAGCUUCUCUUAUCGCGUACCUCGUGAUAAAUUUAAAGCAACUUCAUUACUGGGACAUGUGACAUAUAUAAUACGUGCCUCCGUGGCAGGAUUUUCCAUAAUUGACCUUAAUGAGGGGGCUCCACACGCUAAAGUUGUUGUUGAAAAAAGACAAGGUAAUAUAAGUGUGAGAAAAAGAGUAAAAGUGAAUAAGCGUAAAAUACGAAGUUUUGAAGAACCAAAGGUUUCUCCGGAGGCUGAUCGCAAACUAAUAAAAGCACAGUUUUAUAAAUUAUCAAAAAAAUAUCACCCAGAUUUGAAUCUAGGCGAUGAAACAGCCCAUUCAAAAUUUGUUAGAAUAAAUGAAGCAUAUUCGGUUUUAUGUAAUGAGCAAAGUCGAAGAGAAUACGAUCGAUCAAUACAACAUCAAAUUAAUAAUUCAAAUUCUCGAUCACGUCUGAAACGUUCUAAUAUAUACUCUGGUUACUCUGGUUAUAAUAAUGCACCUAGAUCAGGAUUUAAUUUACAUAAUCGACAAAAAGUGAAUUUUAAUUUUCAAGAACAUUUUCAAAGACAUUAUGGGGAAGAACUAAAACGACGAGCCAGGUCUGAAGUUCAUCGAGAAAAAGAAAAACAUACAGGUCAGAAACAAAGUCAUAGGACUAUAAGAAUAAGUUUAUUAAUAUCUAUGGUUAUAAUCCUUGGAACUGGUGGUCAAAUUUUUGUUUAA